UGUCAAUGUACCCAAAUAAACAAAAAUAAAUUUUCAAGAAUUUUAACGUUUUCACAAAGAAAACUUGUUCCUACCCCACAAACCAUUAAAAAAGUCCUAGACGCUCACCUACAAAAAGUAUUUUCAAGCACUUCAUUCGUAAGUGCUUCCCAGCUUCGUUUUUAACGUAUUAUGACCUCUUUGAUGAUGGAUUACGAAUUCAAAAUGAAAACCCAAAAUGAAAGAGUUAAAGUUGAAGAUUUGUUCGACUACGAAGGAUGUAAGGUCGGGCGAGGAACGUAUGGCCACGUAUAUAAAGGGCGUCGAAAAGACGGCUCCGAUAAUCGAGACUAUGCCCUCAAACAAAUCGAGGGCACAGGUCUGUCCAUGUCGGCUUGCCGAGAAAUUGCUCUUUUAAGAGAAUUAAAACAUCCCAAUGUGAUCAACCUUGUAAGGGUUUUCUUAUCUCACAAUGACAGGAAAGUGUGGCUUAUGUUUGACUUUGCCGAACAUGAUCUGUGGCAUAUCAUUAAAUUUCAUAGGGCAGCCAAAGCUAAUAAGAAACCAGUUAUGGUUCCAAAAGGAAUGGUUAAAUCUCUCCUGUAUCAAAUUUUGGAUGGCAUACAUUAUCUACACUCCAAUUGGGUUUUGCAUAGAGACUUAAAACCUGCCAAUAUUUUAGUAAUGGGUGAAGGCCCUGAACGUGGGAGGGUUAAAAUUGCUGACAUGGGAUUUGCUAGGCUGUUUAAUGCCCCAUUGAAACCCUUAGCAGAUUUGGACCCUGUUGUGGUGACUUUUUGGUAUAGGGCUCCUGAGCUUUUACUUGGGGCUAGACACUACACUAAGGCUAUUGAUAUUUGGGCAAUAGGUUGUAUAUUUGCUGAGCUAUUAACAUCAGAGCCCAUCUUUCAUUGUCGCCAAGAAGAUAUUAAAACCAGUAAUCCCUAUCACCAUGAUCAGCUAGACAGAAUAUUUAAUGUAAUGGGUUUCCCACAUGAAAAAGACUGGGAAGACAUAAAAAAGAUGCCAGAAUAUCCAACCUUACAAAAGGACUUUAAAAAAUCUAACUAUGUGAGCUGUUCAUUGGUAAAAUACAUGGAAAGGCAUAAAAUUAAACCAGAAAGUAAAGCAUUUCACUUACUACAAAAGUUACUUUUGAUGGAUCCUAAUAAGAGAAUAACGUCUGAGCAGGCCAUGCAAGAUCCUUACUUUUCAGAAGAACCAUUGCCAACCCAAGACGUUUUUGCUGGUUGUCCAAUUCCAUAUCCAAAAAGGGAAUUUCUCACAGAUGACGAUCAAGAGGAAAAGUCUGACAAUAAACAGAGACAAAACCAACAACAGCAACAGCCUCAACAGCAGCCCCAACAGCAACAAUCCCAGGUUCAGCAACAGUCACAACAGCCUCAGCAAAAUAAUCAACAAGAUAAUCAUCCUGCUAAAAGGGUGAGGUUGUCUGGACCACCUGGACAUCCUGGAGGACCAGUUAAUCCCCAACAAAUUCCUAUAUCUCAGCAACAAGAAUUUCAUCCUCAACAGAUGAUGUUCAAUAAUAACCCUCAGCAACAGCAGCAGAAUUUCCAGCAACGGUUUUAAUUAUUAGGAAAACAAAAGUUAUUAUAUUUACUGAUUUUUUUUAUUGGUACUCCAUCUACAUAUAUCAUAAAAAAAGGAACAGAUGGAAAAAAAAGCAAUUUAUAGUUGAUGAUGAUAAAAUAAUCAAAAUUUUUAUUAACAUGGAUUGUUUUCAAAAAUUUGAAUUUUGUAACUUAAAAAUUAUCAGUACCUGUUUGCUUCCCAAUGUUUGUAGGUUUAAGAGUAAGAUUAUUGUACAUAAGAAUAUUCUUAACUAUGUUUUAGUAAAAUAGUAAAUAUAAGACUACAAAGUAA